AGAAAAUGUUUCAGUAAAAAUCGUAACUCAAUCAUGAGAGGUUUAACAAUCGUAUUAGCCGCUUUAUUUUGUGGUGUUGCUUGUCAUCCAAAACCAGGAUCUGGAGGACACCAUCCCCCAAUGUCUGGAUCUGGUGAACCACACCCCCCAAUGUCUGGAUCUGGAGGACACCAUCCCCCAAUGUUUGGAUCUGGAGGACACCAUCCCCCAAUGUCUGGAUCUGGUGAACCACACCCCCCAAUGUCUGGAUCUGGAGAACACCAUCCCCCAAUGUUUGGAUCUGGAGGAUAUCAACCCCCAAUGUCUGGAUCUGGUAAACCCUACCCUCCAAUGUCUGGAUCUGGUGAACCACAUCCACCUAUGUCCGGAUCUGGAGAUCAUCCCAAAGAACCAAUGGAAAGAUGCCCAGCUCUUCAAAACUGUUACACGAUAUUCGCCAGCGUAGAUUUUACUAAAAAAUGUCACGCAACUGCUGACAAAAUGUUCGAAUGCUUUUCUAGUCAAAAACCAGAAGAUAUCUGUAGCAAAGGUUGCAAACAUUUAUCCAUUUUAGCCAUGAAAAGUGUUGGCCGUAGUAUGGCCCAUCUCUAUUGUCCAGCACGCAAAGAUUGCCCGAAUGUGGCUGAAAAAUUGCCAUCAGAAGAACAGAUGAAAAGAUUCUUUGAAGAUGAUUCUCUCUGCAAAAAUCAAAAAGCUUUAAAACAUUUAAGAUACCUGAGGAAAACUAUUGAAAAUUUCGAAGGUGAUUUAAUCCAAUGCGGUAUAACCGAUAUGAUUAAUGUCGAAAUUUUCGAUGUACUGGAAGUUAUUGCUGAAGCUAGAUGUGAUGGAUGUGACUUUAGGCCUGCUGCUAAAGGUUUCUCUCAAGUUACACCUGGUCGUUUCUGCCCAAUGCAAAAAAAAAUCAACCAACAAAUAGAUACUAUUAUUCAAGCUCUGUCUGGUGAUGCAAGAUGCCACAAACUUACACAAAACAAACACAAAAUGGUUGCUCUCGUCGACAGAACUAUUGGAGUUUGGUGUAAUGCUGAAAACGAAUAUAGCAAUAUGUGCGGACAUGCCGAUAUGGGAUCACAUUCCGAUAGGAAGAGAAGAAGUUUUGCCAAGAAUAUCUUCACAAGAUUGUUUCCAGUAGCUUAAGUAAAAUAUUGGUCAGAAUACUUGCAAAAUAUUGCAAUAAAUAAAUUAAUUUUGAUUUAUAGCAAUGUUAAUUAUGAAACUGAAAUAUGAAUUAAUACAUUAAAGCACUUAGAUAAA